AUGCAAUGUUCUAAUAGCAAUUGCCAAAGAAAGGCGGUAUCAUAUUGCGAUUGCUCUGGAGUCAAUCUUUUCUUUUGCAAGAAAUGCCUUUAUGAUCACUUGAAGCUAAAAUCGUCUGCUUUGCAUAAUCCGCAGCCUUUGUUUAUUGAAUUUAAUCUUAGCCAUAAUCUUAAUUAGUAAUAAUUCUUUAACAAUUAGCCUCAUCUGCCGCAUCACCUUAACGGGCUUCCACUCCUGUGACUCCACCCACCUUGCGCCGUGCACCGCCUAGUCUUGAUCUUAAUGGCUCUUGAGCUUUGGACAUUCGGAUUUUGAUGGCUGUCCUUCUAGUUCUUUGUAGAACCAACUUGCAUCCGUCAGGUACUCUAAAGGUCCCAAUCUCCGCCACCCAGGGUUGAUGCUACACUUCGAGAAAAUUCGAAUUCUCUAAGGGAUGGGCAUCCAAAUUGUGCUACCUAGGGCGCUAUACAUCAUUGUCAGGAUAAAUUCGCUGGGUGAAGCCAAACCUCAUAAAAAAUGCUAUAUCAGAUUUUCUGUUGGGGAGAGCAGAAAAUUAGAACGACGUUAUAUUUUGGUUAUUUAUUGAUUUUAAUCAAGAUAAUAAACACAACCUUUUAUCCCACAUCGAACACAAACUAAAAGAACUCUGAAGCAAUAAGUCAUCUCUGAUAAGAAAAUCGCAAGAAGAAAUCAUGGAAAUAAAAAGAAAAUUGGAUGAGAAAGAAGGUCUAUUGAAUAAAAAUAUUGAGAUUUGUUUAAAAUUUUUUAAUGAUAUCAAAGGUAUGCAGAGAGUGCCAAAAGUAGGAUUUAGCGAAAGCGAAGAAUUUUUAUUGCUUCCAAAAGAAGACGCUAUUAAGAAAUUUGAUAUUACUCUUAACAAACAAAUUGAAGAAAAGAAUUUAUCAAUCGAUCUAGAUAUUUGGGACAAAAAGCCAUUCAGUAGAGAUAUAAUGAAAAUCAAUGAGAUUUUUGUUGAACCUAGACUAGAUUACUUUUUUUCAAUAUCUGUUUUUAAAGAUAUCAAUAAAUGAAAUAAUAAAGAAGAAUUAAAAGCGAGCUAUUUCAAUCAAAUAAACCUUACUAAAAGGCUGAAUGUAUUCAAAAUACUAACUCCCCCCCCUCCCGUGAGUGAACAAAAAAAUUUUGUUCACUCACGGAGGGGGGUUUAAUUUUUUUUUUUUAAAAAAUUUAUAUAUAAAUUUUAUAAAAAAUUUUUUUUUUUCGAAAUUUAAAAAAAUCCUAAUUCGCAAAAAUUGGAAAGCAAAUAUUAAUUUAAUUUAUAAAAUUUAUGUUUUAAAAAGCAAUUUGUUUAAAAUAAAACAGAAUUAGCUCUAGAUUUCAUUUCUAAUUAUCAUUUAUAUAUCUAAUUUUUUUCAAUAAAAAUUUUUUCUAUUAAAAAAAUUUUGUUGACUCACGGAGGGUGGGUUUUUGGGCAAAAAAUAGCGAUUUUUCUAAUGGUUUUAUUCACUCACGGAGGGGGGGAGUAAAGGAAAUGCUUAAUAAAGAACAAAAAGAGCUUUUUUACCAAGUGAUUCUUCUUUCAAGAGCUUCCAAGGAUUUUGAUAUCGCAUCUUCAAACUCUAUCACUAUUCUGAGUCAUUCAAAUUUUUCAUUCAUAGAUCUCGAUAUGAGCAGCAUAAGAAUUCCAUAUGCAGACCUAUCAAAAUCUGUCCUAUAUAAAACAAAUUUAGAAAAUUCUUAUCUGAAAGGCGUCGAUUUAUCUCAAUCUCAGCUUCUUUAUACAAAACUAAAAAAUUCAAAUAUAUCGAACAUAAAAUUUGGAGAAUUCAAUCCCUUGAUAGGUCACACUGAUUCUGUAUGGUCAGUCUCAUGAUCUCCUGAUGGGAAAUAUUUAGCUUCUGCAGGAGACGAUAAAUCAAUAAAAAUUUGAAAAAUAGAAGAAAACUCAUACUCUCUCUAUAGUGAAUAUAGAGAUCAUACAGAGUCUGUAGUAACUCUUUCAUGGUCUCCAAAAGGAAAUAUAGGGAUUUCCCCUAGAUAGCCCUUACAGGACUGUGGAUUCUGUCCCGAAUCCUUUGUUUGAUCGAGCCAACAAGUGAGUUGGUCCGACCAACGUAGUGAGUUGGUUCAACCAACCGAAGGAUUCCGGACAGAAUCCAGAGCCCUGUAAGGGCUAUUUAGGGGAAACCCCUAUACUUUAGCUUCAGGGAGCCAUGACAUGAAUAUAAAAAUAUGAGACAUUGAAAAAAAUAAAAAAAUAAAUGAGCUAUCUGGGCAUUCUUCAUCAGUUUUAUCGAUUUCUUGGAAUCCUUUAGGUAAUAAAAUCGCUUCAGGAAGCCAUGAUAAAGAAAUCAGAAUAUGGGAUUUAGAAAAUAGUGAAAACAAUAAAGAGCUUGAUGAGCAUACAGACUCAGUUCUAGCUGUUUCCUGGAAUCCUAAUAACAAAUAUAUCGCUUCAGGAGGAAAUGAUUUACAAAUUGUAAUUUGAAGCUCAGAAAAUUAUCAAAAAAUGUAUUCUCUUAAAGGACACUUGGACCCAAUUUUAUGCUUGUCUUGAUCCCCAUUUGGAAAUUUACUUGCAUCAAGUAGCCAAGAUAAAACGAUCAAAAUUUGAAGCUCUGAAAAUAUGACUUAUGAAAUAAGUGAAAAUUCAGACCAGGUUUGGUCUGUAUCUUGGUCUCCCUGUGAGAAAUUUUUAGCAAAUGCUUGCAAUGAUAAAUCUGUCAAAAUUUUCAAUAUUGAGACUCAUGAAAAAAUAAAUGAAUUUUUUGGCCAUUCAGAUUCAGUCUUAUCUGUUUCUUGGUCACCUACUGGAACUCAAAUAGCAACUGGUAGCCAAGACAAGCUCGUAAAUUUAUGGCACCCUAACACGAAGCAAAUAAUUAAAGAAUAUGAAGGCCAUUCUGAUUCAGUUUGAUGUGUUUCUUUUUCGCCUUGUCAAAAUCUAUUUGCUUCUGCGAGCCACGAUAAAACAAUCCAAAUUUGAAGCUCAGAAACAUUUCAACAAAUUUCUAUAUUAAAAGGCCACGAAGACUCUAUAUGAUCAGUUUCUUGAUCUCCAGAUGGAAACUUAUUAGCUUCUUCAAGUGAAGAAUUAUUAAAAUGGCGUGAUCUGACGUGGACUCCUGGUGACCUGUGAGUUGAUCCAGGCCCAGGAAAAAGGCGAGACACAUGGCGAUAGUUCUCCGGGGUGGGUUUUUUGGCUUGGGGCUGACCCUUGCCUUUUUUUCCUUACCUACGAGUUAACCCUAUUGGCACAAAGUCCCGAUACCACUCCAUGAGAGCAUUACUGAGCCUGUGAUACGGCUCCGACAGGUCAUGGAGAAGGCAGAAGGCGAUUCCCCUAUACUCUGAGCCCUGUCAGAGGUUAAAGGAGUCUUCUGCUGAGAUUCGGAGACCCUGACCGGAUGGGGUGGCUUCCCCGAAGACCUUCGACGUCACCAUUUUUUGGUGACGUCAGAAAGGGAAAACAGGUGGUGUGAGGAUAGCGCUUAGCGUCACUGCGAAGCUAUCCGUGGGACGGCGAGGGGCUGAAAUAAUCCCUUAAGACCCGCUAUAACAUAUAUCUAAUCUAAUCUUCAAGUGACGAUAAAUCAGUAAGAAUAUGGGAUUUUGAAAAAGAAAUAAAAAAAUUUACCGUACACUCAGACUCUGUAUCGACAGUUGUUUGGUCUCCAUGUGGAAAAUUUUUAAUGUCAGCAAGCAAUGAUAAAACUAUACAAAUUUAUGAAUACAACAAUGGAGAAAUUAUUUGAAAAAUUGAAGAAAAUUGGGAAAGUCUUUGAUCUGUCAAAUGAUCUCCUUGUGGGAAUUUUAUUGCUGGUGGAGUUGAUAAUGAAAUAAAAAUUUGGAAUGUCGCAAUGAAGCAAAAAAUAAAAGAAUUCGUGGGACAUGAAGAUACAGUGUGGUCUGUGGCAUGAUCACCAUGUGGAAAAUUUUUGGCUUCAGGGAGUCGUGAUCAGACUAUUAUUAUAUGAGAAAUAGACACUCCAAGUCCAAUUAAUAUAAUAGAAGGACAUUGCGAUUCUAUAUGAUCUGUAUGCUUUUCACCAUGUGGGAGAUAUUUGAUAUCAGGAGGUCAUGAUAAAUCAAUAAUUCUAUGAGACUUGGAUAACCAACAAAAGGUGAAGGAGUACUUAGGCCAUUCGAGCUCAGUUUGAACUGUUGGGUUUUCCCAAUGUGGGAAGUUCAUUGUGUCGGGAAGUGAUGAUGGGACUGUAAAAUUGUGAAAAUUUGAGGAAGGUACAAAACUUAUAGAAAAUAAUGCAAUAUUCGAGGAUUCUGGUAAAAAUAGUGGGAAUGAAGAUGAAAAAGUUGAUUAUUCUGGGAAAUUGUUAUGGUCUUCACAGAGCUCAACGUUGAUUUGCCUUGAGAUAGAUAUUUCGGGAGCGAUCUUUACUUAA